AUGGCGAGUAGUCGUGCGGGUGGUAGUGGCGGAGGCGCUAGUGAUAGUGAUGGUGAUAGUGAUGAUGAAUUGGAUCUCGCUGUCCAAGAGGCGAUUGAUCGAUUGCUCCGGCAGAGGCAGCAGCGGCAGCAGCAGGCGGCGGUGACGGUACCUCGACCGAUCCAUCGCCGAUGGCAUGUACCCCGGGACCACAUUGCUGCACAUAUUCGGUUGUAUGAGGACUACUUUGCUCCGCAACCGCGUUUUGGGGAUGCCUUAUUCCGCCGACGUUUUAGGAUGCAUCGUGCUCUGUUUAUGCAUAUCGUUGGUGCUUUAGAGAAAAGGUACGAGUUUUUCAGGGUCAGGGAGGAUGCGGCUGGCAAACUCGGACACACGUCAAUACAGAAGUGUACGGCCGCAAUCAGGCAACUGGCGUACGGAGGCCCAACCGACAUGUUCGACGAGUACCUCCACAUUGGGGAGUUUUCAGCCGUCGAGUGUCUGUUGAAUUUUUGCGCGGGCGUUAGAUCGAUAUUCGGGGAUCAGUAUCUUCGGCGUCCGAGCCCCGAAGACUGCCAGCGGCUGAUUAAUAUGCACGGGUCGGUGCACGGGUUCCCUAGGAUGUUGGGCAGCAUCGAUUACGAUCAAGCAUGCGAUCGGGCCAAAGAAGUCCUACUUUGCGACCCGGCAGGAGGCAGCGCGCAAGGAUGUUGA